AUGCACAUCUUCUCGGCCCUCGCUCCGCUCGCCAUCCUCUCCGCCCGCCUCGCAUACUCGCACGCCGCCCCUCCGAAUCCCGACAAGCUCUACGCACUGCAGCAAUCCGCCGCAUCCGUCGCUUCGACCGCCUCUUCAGCUGCAGAGACCCGACAUGUGCAUGCGGGAGGGAAGCACCACCCGCGCGGGGAGGUCGUGAAGCGGCAUCACCAUGUGCAGGGUGUGCACCAUGGACGGGCGAGGAGGGCUGGAAGGGUGAUGGAGAAGCGCGCGAGGGGCGAAGAGGCGACGAUUAGGAGGUUGAAGGCGAGGCAGGACGACUCGGGGUCGGGGUCGUGGUCGUGGUCGUCGGACUCGGCUUCCAUCGAGGCGGCUGCUUCGACCGAUGAUGGUUCGAACGACCUCGAGGCUCGCGCGGCGACGCAGAUCCCGCUCGCUAAUACUCCUGCCGCAAGCGACGACGGCAGCUCCGCUUCGUCGACUGCUUCCUCGUCAGCCGCCGAGUCCUCCGCCUCCUCCAAGUCCAAGUCUACCCUCUACGACUCUUCCUCCGGCUCCUCCUCUGGCGGCUCGACCGACGGCGUGUGGAUCGGCGUCUCGUCGUACUACCUCCACGCGAUCGCCGACGACGACCGCCACGCCAUUCUCGACGCCGUCAAGGGCGCUGGGUUCAAGGUCAUUCGGAUCUUUGUCGCUUCGAUCGGUGCGAACAACAAGGGCAGCAACAAUCAGGCUGUCAACGACCUCGAGCCGAGCCAGGUCGGCACCUACGACGACACGAUCCUGAAUCUGAUCGACCAGCUCAUGUACGACUGCAAGCAGCGCGGUCUCAAGCUCAUGAUCGCGCUAUCAGACCGCUACGCCCUUGGGUUCUGGUCGACCGACUCGUACGCGACGCAGCUCAACAUCGUCAAGGCCGGCUCGUCGGGCGUGCAGAAGGUUGCGGACGCGAGCUCGUUCUACACGAGCGAGUGGGCGAUCGGGAUGUUUGAGAAGCGCCUCGCGCAUAUCAUGAACCACCAGAACCAGGCACUCGGCGGGAGGAAGUGGGCCGACCUCGACGAUGUCAUCUACGCCGUCGAGCCCCAAAACGAGCCUCAGGGUCACAUGAGCAUGGCCUCGUCUACCUGGGCCUGCGACCGCGCGUCAUACCUCAAGUCUCUCAUCUCGUCCAACAUCCUCAUCUCGUCGGGCGGCGGCAUCACCCUGACCGACUCGCUCGGCUCGUGGGCUACGGGCUGCGACUCGUUCGACAUCGUCUCCGUGCACGACUACGGCACGUCGGCCAGCUCGACGGCGAAUGCGCUCGCGGCCGCGCAGAACGACCACCCAGGAAAGAAGGUCAUCAUGGGCGAGUGGGGCAUCGCCGGCGUCAACAAGGCGGCGAUCAUCUCGCAGUUUGUGUCGGCGUUCAAGGCCAAGGGCGUGAGCUGGAGCUACUGGGAGAUCACAAAGCCCGGCGCCAAAGCGACCGACUUUGAGAUCUGGACCGACGAGCCCGCCUGGCAAGCCUUGACCGGCCAAGCGUACUUUACCCCCGUCGCGACGACCUCCGCACCGGCAUCGACCUCGCGCGCCCUCAGUGGCGGUGCCGAGCACUCGCCGUCCUACACCUCGUCGUCGUCCAAGUCCGCCGCCGCGACCAAGUCCGUCUGGCACGACUCGUCCCCCUCGUCCUCUUCGACCACCACGACGCCGCAAUGGCACGCCGCAACAUCCAGUUUCUCUUCCUACGUCGCGAAAGCCUCGAGCGCGGCGUCGCAGGGCGCGCAGCAGGCGAAAAGCGUCUGGAAGGAGCAGACGAGCAAGGUUGCUGCCGCUGCGUCGUCCGCUUGGAGCGACAGUGGCUCCUCUUGA